AUGCUGACCCAGGGAAAACCCGGGAUAACAGACAUCCGUCAUGCGAAUGGAUCCGUUACGGAUGGCAACCAGGCUGCAGCUAACACCCUGGCUGAGCAAUACUCCACGGUAUUCCGCCCAGAACUUAUUAGUCGAACAGACGGAAGCGGUCUUCCCGAGGAAGACUUCAUACCCAGCAGGUUCAUGGAACUUGUGCCGUCUUCCCUUGCACAGGUCGAACUAAAACUGGCAAGUCUCAUCGCUGAAAAGUCACCGGGACUUGAUGAGAUACCACCUUUACUACUGCAGCAGUGUUCAUAG